AUGUCAAAACCUAAAAGUAACAACAGUCCCAACCCCGACCCCAACACCCGACAAAUACCUAAUCGAAAUACACUCGGCCGGCACAAACUUCUUCGACAUCCUCCAGAUCCAAGGCAAAUACCAAAACCAGCCGCCGCUCCCUGGAUCGGCGGCGCCGAAUUCGCCGGAACAGUCCUCGCCGUGCCUACCUCCCCAAACAACCGCUUCAAGCUCGGCGACCGCGUCUUCGGCGCCACACAAGGAGCCUACGCCACACACGUCCUGGCCGCAGAGCAAACACUCCUCCGCGUGCCGGAGGGGUGGAGCUUCGAAGAUGCAGCGGGGCUGUUUGUCACGGCGCCAACCUCUUAUGGCGGUCUUGUUCAGCGCGCUGGCGUGAAGGCCGGGGACUGGGUCCUUGUUCAUGCUGCUGCGGGCGGGGUUGGACUUGCUGCUGUGCAGAUUGCCAAGGCUAUGGGGGCGACUGUGAUUGCUACUGCGGGGACGGAGAGGAAGAGGGAGAUUGCUAAGGUUUUUGGGGCGGAUUAUGUGGUUGAUUACACUAAUAAGGCGUGGCCGGAGGUUGUGAAGGGGAUUUGCAAGGAGAAGAGGAAGGGAAAUGGGGCUGCUGGAGUGGAUAUUGUUUAUGAUCCUGUUGGGAUGAUUGAGGCGAGUUUGAAGUGUGUGGCGUGGAAUGCGCGGUUGUUGGUCAUUGGGUUUGCAGCGGGCAAGAUUGAAAAGGUCGCGCUUAAUCGGGUGCUGUUGAAGAAUGUGAGUAUUGUUGGCUUGCAUUGGGGGCAGUAUGCCAAGUUUGAGACGGAGACUGUUGGUGAGGUGUGGCGGGGGAUCUUUGACCUUGUUAAGCAGGGGAAGUUCAAGGGAACGGCGUUCAAGGAUGAGAGCUUUGUUGGAUUGGAGAGUGUGCCCAGAGCUUUGCAGGCACUGGGUGGAAGGGAGACUUGGGGCAAGGUUGUUGUGAAUAUUGUUGGUGAUGCGAAGAGCAAGCUGUAG